GGGGAGACGAACCUUCCCGCCCGGCGGCCCGGCACGCAGGGCCCCCCAGCGCCCUCCCGCCCGGGUCUGGGUGCUGGCUCAACACCUGUGACUUCACGUGUGUGCGCCCCCACAUUUGUGGUCACAUCAGCGCCACCGCUGCCCAGAACCCCACACCUCGGCAACGUCGUGGCCAUCAGCCCCCAACCACAUCUGUGGUCCCAACGCCUGUAACAGCUGGACCACACCAUCUAACGCUUCCCACCUGUGCUAACACCUGCCUGCCGGCCGUGACCACCCCUCCCGCGGAGGGCCCACCUGCCUCUCCACGCCAGUCCUUUGCAGGGAGCGAUGGCCGUGGCUCCUGACAGGGGGCCCCCGCGCCUGCUGUUCGGAGACUGGCUUCUGGGGGAGGUCAGCAGCGGCCGCUACGAAGGCCUGCGGUGGCUGGACGCGGCCCGCACACGCUUCCGCGUGCCCUGGAAGCACUUCGCGCGGAAGGACCUGGGAGAGGCUGACUCGCGCAUCUUCAAGGCCUGGGCUGUCGCCCGCGGCAGGUGGCCGCCCAGCAGUGGCGGCGGCGGAGGUGACCAGUUGGCCCUGGAGGGCGCACUCCGCGCCAGCUGGAAGACGAACUUCCGCUGUGCGCUGCGCAGCACGCAGCGCUUUGUGAUGCUGCAAGACAACUCGGGGGACCCCACUGACCCACAUAAAGUGUACGGGCUCAGCUCCAAGCUGGGGUGGAGAGGUGCGGGCAUUCACCAGGGGGAGGAGAAGACCCUUGAAGAUGCCCUACCCUUGAUGGGCGGGCUCCCUAGGCUCGGGCUGAGCCCUGAGCCCUGUGCCCCAAGCCACCUUUCUGGCCCAGCUGGCAAUGCUGAGGACCUCUUGCUCCAGGCUCUAGAGCAGAGCUGCCUGGAGGACCAUCUGCUGGAAGCUGCAUGGGGGGUGGACCCAGUACCCCCAGAGGCUCCUGGCCCGGAGCUCCCAGACAUGGAGCCGUCCCUGCCAGGGGCAGUCAAGACAGCCCCCUGGCACCAGGCCCAGGUGACAGAUGCAGGCUCAGCCCCGGCCCUGGAGCCCUGGCAGCCCCCCCAAGAGGUGGAGCCUUGCCCCCCAGGAGCCGGUGAGCAGGUGCUGCUCAGGCCCAGCUGCUCACAGCCCGGACCACAGGCAGAGCCCAGCCUGAGGGCCCUGGAUGUGACCAUCAUGUACAAGGGCCGCACAGUGCUGCAGGACGUGGUGUGGCAUCCAAGCUUCGUGUUCCUGUACGGGCCCCCGAGCCCGGCUGCCACGGCCAUGGAGCCCCAGCACGUGGCCUUCCCGAGCCCGGCCGAGCUCCCUGACCAGAAGCAGCUGCACUACACAGAGAAGCUAUUGCAGCACGUGGCCCCUGGCCUGCAGCUGGAGUUGCGGGGGCACGGGCUGUGGGCCCGGCGCCUGGGCAAGUGCAAGGUCUACUGGGAGGUGGGCGGGCCCCUGGGCUCUGCCAGUCCCUCCACAACCCCCCGCCUGCUGCAGAGGAACCAGGACACCCCCAUCUUCGACUUCAGCACCUUCUUCCGAGAGAUGAUGGAGUUCCGGGCGCGCCGGCGUCGGGGCUCCCCACACUACACCAUCUACCUGGGCUUUGGGCAGGACCUGUCAGCUGGGAGGCCCAAGGAGAAGAGCCUGGUCCUGGUGAAGCUGGAGCCACGGCUGUGCCGGGCACAUCUGGAGUGCGUGCAGCGAGAAGGGGUGUCCUCCCUGGACAGCAGCAGCCUCGGCCUCUGCCUGUCCAGCUCCAACAGCCUCUACGAGGACCUUGAGCACUUCCUCAUGGAGGUGGAGCAGCCGGCUUGAGGACCAGACCCCUCUCCAGCCCAAUAAAAAGGAC